CCUUUAUCUUGUCGUCCAGAGACAACCCACUAUCCUCUUAAUUGCUCUCUCUCUCUCUUUCGCUUCUUUGAUCGAGUGAUUCCUGGGUCCUGCUUACUCAUAGGUUGACUCGCUCGGGUAGUAUGCGGCAAUUUUCUAUCCACCAUGCUUUGCUAGUAUGGUUUAUCGCAUCAUUGAGUCUGCCAUGGACGGCCGCUUGGAACACGCCGUUGGCGGUUCGACCAGGUAUCAGUCGGCAGUUCCUCUCGUCGCGGCCGAGCCUUGCACUCUUUUUGUCGGAUUCCCAAAAGAGUAGUAGGGAUUCUUCUCAACCGGAAUCAGGCGCAAACGACAGUGACAGUGAACAAGCGGAGCGGACUAGUUUCGAUGAUGCCGGACGCUCCUUAAUUGAAGAACAAGACCAGGAACGAAUGGACCAAAUGGGGGAUUUCGAUUCCAAUCCGGAGUACCAAACGGACAAUAUUGAAAAAAUGCGAGCGGCAAUUCGGGCACGAACGGAAUCCAUGGGUAUCGAAAAGUCCAAAGUUUCCGCCGAUUACAUUGCCGCCAAGACCAAGGCCGCCACCGCAGCGGGGUCCGCCAGCGCGGCUUCGGAAAACUCCGACAUGUUCGGCGGGCUCGAUCUGUCCCAGAUUAACUCGGAAAAGACGAUUUCCAAGAGCGAAUGGAACGAGGAUUUGCCGAGUAUGUUUUAUGACCCGGAAAGUGAACUAUCGAAAGAGGAACAAGAGCAAGUUGAUCCAGUCAUGAGCAAGAAUUUGGUCGAGCAGGCCAUGGCGGAAUUUUCCAACGCCAAAUGGCCAGACUUUGCCUCCGCCUUACGGGAAGUAGGACUCAUGUUGGUGGUCAUUGCAGUUACGGGUGCUCUCAUUAUUUCUUGGGAUAAAGUGUUGCGGGGUGCCUACAUGUCGCUGGGAUUUAUCCCGACUGCGGACGACUUGGCAAACUAUGCCAGUCGAUUCGAUGGGUUGGAUCUACCAAAAGGAUGGAUGGAUAAUAUGAAUGAGCAGGAUGUCGCAAGAAUUGCCGAGAAAGUGAAUACAGUGACCGGAUCGAAAUCAUUACCGGGCUUGUAG